AAUAGCCUUCGUAGUAACACUCAAAUACACAUUUCAGACAAGUUUCGAAUAAAAUUCCAUUUUCUAGAACUGAGCUGCAAUCGUACCAAGGAAGAGAUGAGCUGCUGCUGCUGCCAGGUGCGGAAGGACCCCUGCCGAACGUGCGGAGCUGCGCCGCUCGCCGUCAGCUGCUCUGGCCGGCGGGUGGGUCAGUGCUCGUUCACGAAUGCGCUCACCCCCUAUCCGGAUGAGAUCGUUAUGACGAUAUUGGAUCGUAUACUCUACUUCUUUGGUGCCACCAAAAUCUGCCAUCAGCCAGCCAGCCCCCCAUGCAAAUCUCCGCCGCCUGUUUGCGCCAAGAGCAGCUGCACCUCGGUCACCUGCACGUCGGGCCAAAUGUCCAAGUGCAGCAUGUCCAGCAGCUUGAGCAAUAUCGACGGCGCCAAGUUGACGGGCAACUGCAAGUCCAAGACGUCCAGCCUGAAGUCCAAGAGCUCUGUGGGCCCAUCCACUGGCGGCUGUGCCGGACCGCGCACGCCGCACGUCGACUUUGCCCAUCCCGCUUGCGAUAGCAGACAGCAGAGUGUCGACUCCGUCAGCCUAUCGGACCGCAUGAAGGUGUCGCUGUCGAAGGCCUCGAUUGCAUAUGGCCGGCUCAAGUCCAAGCUGUCCGCCAAUCUGCAGCAGCUGGGCAAGAAGUGGCUGUGGACGCGUCUGGUGCGCUCCGAGAACGGCUGUCACAUCUACGAGGUGUACAAGAACUCGGCCAAGGAGCCGGACUCAUGCAGCAUGUCGGGCGACAAGGAGCCGGUCAUACUCUUUCUGGUCACGCCCAACGGUCAGGUCAUGCCCUUCGAAUCGCUGUCGAAUCGCUAGAACCAUAUGUGUCUGCAUUGGGUAUUCGAAAUUUCUGUAUGGCAAAUAGACAUUGCAUAGUUUACCGUUAUACAUGAGUAAUUUAUAUAU